AGUGUUUCCCUCCCCUUUGGCGAGCAUGUUGUCAUCAUCAUAUUCCUUUGUUUUCCUCCAAUGCUGGUAAAUCAAAGCACUCGUAGGCCCAGACGAGAAGAGGGGAACUACUACCUACGGUGAUGGAGACAGUGCUCGUGGAGUGGUGAAGAAGAAGAAGAAGAAGAAGUGAAGUAGUAGAAGUAGAACAAGGUGUGGUGGGGGAAGAUCGCACGUAGUUGUGUUAUAUAAAGCAGCGGUAAAGGUUUGUGUUAUCUUUUGGGACUACUACUACUACUACUACUACUUCUGCCACAAAUUCCAAGGUGUAUGUUUCUGUUUCUCAUCCCUUCUUCUUAGCAAGCUAAAAACCACAACAUCACACUACUGCUACUACUACUACUACUUCCAAAUGUCCCUUGUUUGAACUCUUUUGGAAUCCGAUGAUCGCUUUCAUGUGCUAGCUAGCCUAGGCCUUUUCCAUUACUAUUCUUUCAUUCUUUCCUGCAUAUAAUAACAACUUCACAUUCUUUUGUCAUUACAUUACAUUUAUUAUUUCCCCACUUACAGAUUCAGUAUUCAUUUAGGAAAAACAUUUCGAAUUUGUAAAGAUAAAAAAAAAAAAAAACCCAACCAACCACAGCUUCUUGAUUGUUCAUUUUCUCCGUGUUUGUUAAAUUAAAUUCAUCGGAUUCCUCUUUUGUUGGACAUAAAAGAAUUCGUUAGAAAGAAAGUUUUCACACACUCACAUAGAUUGUCACACAUUGCAUUUUAGAAACAACACAAGGAACCAUUUUGUUGCAUAGUUAAUCAAGUUAAUUACUAGAUAAUAGAGAGAAAAGGGAAGGGAAAAAGAAGCAGCACAUAGCAUUGGGGUGAGUGAAGCAGCAGCAAGCGGCGUUACAAAAACCCUCAGACGAUGUUGGCUGGGUGUUCUAGUUCGACAUUGUUGUCACCGAGGCACAGAUUGAGGAGCGAAGCAUCAGCACAGUUUCAAGCCUGCCACUUCCAGCUACCUUCUUCCAUGAGCACGCAGAGAUUGGACCUGCCAUGCACCACCACCACCUUCACUCGCAACAACAAAGACACCACCUCUUCACGCUCUGUUCUUUCAGUGGAUCAGAAACCAAUCGAAGCCAAGACCAGCACCUGUUCUCUCAAGCAACACAUUCGACUCCCACCUCUGGCCAUCACUGCAGCACCAUCACCAUUGGUGGAAGACUCCAUCAUCAAAGACAACACCAACAACAACAAGAGUUUGAAGAGGCUCGCGGCGGAGCACCAAGACGAUUCCUUCACCAACAACAUAGCCAAGAGGAAGAAAAAGAGUAGCAGCACUGAGUGUGAUUGGUUUCAGCCUGAUGUUGUUGGGACUACUUUAGGAGGAUUUAACAAUAACAACAAUAACAACAACACUUCACUUGCUUCUUUCUCUUCAGAGGAAGACAGGGUUUGUUUUGUUCCUUCUGAAGUGGUUUCUCAUUCUGCUCCUUUCCCUUUAAACCCUUGGCUGGAAUCAUGUGUUACAAAGAUCACAAAUUUCGGCGAGGGUAGCCAACGCCCUCACCACCACCACCACAGCGACCAUGCCUCAGGCUCAGUCUCCAACGCUUCCUCGGAGAGCCAGAGCCUGAGGCUAAACGACAACAUUUCAGAACACGAAGUGGGAAACGGUUCAGGGAACCCUUAUUAUCACCACGAGGUGGAUACAGGGGAAGAAGACAACCACCACGGGUUCGAGCUCGUGAGUUUGCUCACCGGCUGCGUCGACGCCAUUGGAUCGAGAAACGUCACUGCAAUCAACCACUUCAUAGCAAAACUGGGUGAUCUUGCUUCCCCCAAAGGAACAACCUCCAUAAGCCGAAUUUGUGCUUACUUCACAGAAGCAUUAGCCAUCAGAGUCACGAGGCUCUGGCCUCACGUUUUCCACAUCACCACCACAAGCACUUCUCGCGACAUGGUGGAGGACGAUGAAUCCGCUACUGCUCUGAGACUUCUCAACCAAGUAACCCCAAUUCCCAAGUUCCUUCAUUUCACAUCAAACGAGAUGUUGCUGAGGGCUUUUGAAGGCAAAGACAGGGUUCACAUAAUAGACUUCGACAUCAAGCAAGGCCUUCAAUGGUCAGGUUUGUUCCAAAGCCUAGCUUCGAGGUCCAACCCUCCGACCCACGUGAGAAUCACUGGGAUCGGAGAGUCAAAACAGGACCUCAACGAAACUGGCGAGAGGCUCGCCGGUUUCGCUGAGGCCUUAAACCUGCCCUUCGAGUUCCACCCUGUGGUGGACAGACUCGAGGACGUGAGGCUGUGGAUGCUCCACGUGAAGGAGCACGAAACGGUGGCUGUGAACUGCGUUUUGCAGCUUCACAAGACACUCUACGACGGAAGCGGAGGAGCCUUGAGGGACUUCUUGGGUCUAAUCCGCAGCACAAAUCCCAGCGUUAUCGUGGUGGCAGAGCAAGAAGCAGAACAUAACGAAAACAGGUUGGAGGGAAGGGUGUGUAACUCGUUGAAAUACUACUCGGCAUUGUUUGAUUCCAUUGACGAGAGUGGGCUUCCGCAAGAGAGUGCGGUGAGGGUGAAAAUAGAAGAGAUGUAUGCUAAGGAGAUAAGGAACAUUGUUGCUUGCGAAGGAAGGGAGAGGGUGGAGAGGCACGAGAGUUUCGGGAACUGGAGGAGGAUGAUGGUGGAGCAAGGAGGGUUCAGAUGCAUGGGUGUUACUGAAAGAGAAUUGAGCCAGAGCCAGAUGCUGUUGAAGAUGUAUUCUUGCGAGAGUUACAGUGUGAAGAAACAAGAGAAGGAAGGAGCAACAGGAGUUACACUUAGUUGGUUAGAGCAACCUUUGUACACUGUCUCUGCUUGGGGGCCUGUUGAUGCUGCUGCGGGUACCUCGUCCUCGUUUUCUCAGCCAAGUUGAUUUUGAUUGGUGAUUGGUGAUUCUUUCUUCAUAAUUCAUUCCUUCAGAGUAUGAAAUACAGACACAAGAAAGGUAAGGGCUUGGUCAGGGGAGAGUCGAGAGUACAAGAGUAUUAUUCUUUGUAGGUAGGGAAAAUUGUCAUUAUUAUUAUUCUUUCAUUCUUUGUUGCAGAUAAGAAUUUGCCUAGCCCAAAGAUUAGUUGGUGCAAUUUGUAUCAAUACAGUAAUUGCCUUCUGUUCUUUAUUUUUAUUAUUAUUUAUAGUCCUGAUGAUGUCUAGAUGAUAAUAUUUCAUACAUUUGAGGUCAAUUUCUGAUCAUUGUUUUAUUCUUUUGUUUAUGUAAGCUGAAAUUCUUUCCCAAGUCCUUGUGAUUGAAAUGAAAUGAAUGAAUUCAGUGAUUUGUGUCC